CCGCACACUGUAGCUGGUGCUCCACCGAGCUGCAGUCGUUGUAAAGAGGUUGCCCCUGCGCUGAAAACAGACUAAAAAUAAACAUCAGCUGGUACUGGAGCACCAUAAAUAGAGAGUUAUCAUGGGAAACACUAGUGACCGGGUGACUGGAGAUCGCCAUGGAGCCAAGGCCCAACGCUCCGACAGCAGCGGCAGCCCCAAAGACCAAGAGCACAGCGGCAAGAUGGUGGACAGCACCGACGACCCCAACAUCUUCAACACCCACGGGCCAGAGACCAAGCCGUUAGGAGAGAAAGAAGCCGAUCCCACUGACCAGGUGAAAACGGGUCCUCAGGCUCGACCCACAGUCAUCCGCUGGGCUGGGGGGGGAAAGGAGGUCUACAUAGCCGGUUCCUUUAAUAACUGGGGCACAAAGAUACCGCUCAAUAAGAGCCAUAAUGACUUCGUAGCCAUCCUGGACCUGCCUGAAGGAGAGCACCAGUACAAGUUCUUUGUAGAUGGACAGUGGGUUCAUGAUCCCUCAGAGACGGUUGUAACCAGUCAGCUGGGCACCAUCAACAACCUGAUCCAGGUGAAGAAGUCUGACUUUGAGGUGUUUGACGCGCUGCAUGUCGACUCUCUGGAUAGCUCCGACUCAGAUCUGUCCAGCUCCCCUCCAGGUCCUUACGGCCAGGAGCAGUACGUCUUCAGACCGGAGGAGCACUUCAAAGCCCCCCCUAUUCUCCCCCCCCACCUCCUCCAAGUCAUACUCAACAAGGACACCAAUAUAUCGUGUGACCCCGCCCUGCUGCCGGAACCCAACCACGUCAUGCUCAACCAUCUUUACGCUCUCUCCAUUAAGGACGGAGUAAUGGUGCUGAGUGCUACUCACAGAUACAAGAAGAAAUACGUCACCUCUCUGCUCUACAAGCCUAUCUAAACCUGAACUUGAUUGCUCCACAGUGCUUUUAGAGAGCAGCAUGUCUGUAUUCUGCUGUUUAUUCCCCGUUUCAUCACAUUUAGCCAAACCUUGCACUGAAACAGGUUUACAGGUGAGCGAAGGCCAGCAGCUGGGGCUUGGUGUUUAAAAAAAGCUGCACUUCUGUCUACAUAGGGCUCUGAACACAGUUAGUGUGUGUGAAGGGCUUCAGAGAGAGGAGGAAACAUACACUGGCUUUUACCUGCGACUCUACAGACAGAUCAGAGACUGACUAAAUCACUGUGUGUAUAGAGUGUUUGCUGCACAUUGUGAAUAUAUGCAUGUCCGUGUUAAACAAGGAGGGAGAUCUGUGAAGCAUCACUUUCUUUACUGGUGAUUUUAAUGAUUUGAUGUGGAGUAACAGUUUGAUUUCAAAGUGUUGUGUGAUCAUAUCCUCCUUGAACUGAUUUAAUGUGUUGAACUACUGACUUGACAGCGUUUAUGAAAGGUGCAUGCAGUAGAGAAUAGGUCAGUGUCUAGGUGCUAAAGCAGACUUUAGAUUAGUUCAACAUAAAGUGCAAUAACGUGCUGCUGUAUCCUCUUACAUGAUAAUAAAGAAUAGGAUGGGGAGGAACCAGUGAACAACAUCUUGUUUUGUCAGUUGUAGUUACAUGUGCUACAUUAUAUUGACUUUCUCAGCAUUUAACCAUUAUUCAGUGCAAUUACAACGUGAAUUCAACUAUAAACAAGACCAGUUUUGUCAAUGUAACGGUCGCUAAAGAUGAGUACUUGUCUGUUUCAAUGGCCCACUGUCCUGAUGGGGAGUGGAGGUCAAAGGUUAUGUUCUGCUGUUGCCUUUAUCUUGACAUGUUGCGAGCACUUUACCAUCCUGUGAGCAGGAGUGUUGAUAUAAGCUUUUAACUAUACGCAUCAGACAACUCUUUACUUUAAUGUAGCUUCUCUGGAUUGUACAACCCAAUAUGUGCUUUUUUCUUUCUUUAGAUUUGAUGGACGUACAGUGCUUUAUAUAUGUGUGUGCAUCUGUAUUGAGUUCUGUUCAUCAUUUAUGAAUGUAUUGGAUAUGUCUGUUACAUGUGUAGUCAUACACAGAGCCGUGUACACCUAACUGUUUGAACUUGAUGGUUUGCAUGUAUCGAAUGGCUGCACAUUUUGAGGAUACAACACAUCCACUGCACAUUCAGAAGCAGUUUGACCGCUUUCAGAUGUAUUUACAGGGCUAGGAGGUUGGAUACUUGCCAUACAUUUAAAGUUGUACAAAGUUUGCUUGUCUGUGUUUAACAGAUAACCAUUUAAGAUAUUUUGAAUUGUGGUGGUUUUGAGAGUGUUUUUUGUUAAGUCAUGCUGUUUGUCUGCAGUUAAAGUACAGUAUCCUAACAGUUGUUACCCUAUACAGACUAAUAAAAGGGGCUUUCAUAAUCCUGUUGGUGUUCAACUAGAUGCUCUAAAAGUAUUAUGCGAAUGUUCAGCCUAGCCAUGAAGAGUUUUUAAGACUUACAGACACGAUAAGGGAGUGUGGACAAGUGCCGUGGACGAGGCGUUUAAUCCAAAACUUGAAUUUUACAACCGUUUCAUGAAUGUUUUUAAAAAGCUUUGCAGAACAAGUGUGAUGAUUCACUGUACAAGGUUUUACUUGUUUGCAAAUAAAGAAAGGACACGCUAUA